AGUUAAUCAAUCAUCAAUACACAUACAUUCACCUAAAAUUGUAUUCUUUCUGUGCUGAAAAAUGGGUUUGAGGGCUAUACUUACACUAGCUUUCCUUUUAAGUUUUCAUUCAUUGGCAUUUUCUGCCAACUUAGAGACUUACAUUGUUCACGUUGAGCCACCUGAAUUUCAUCAAACUGACCAGCUCUCCACUACUACACUAAGUAGUAGCUCAACUCCAAAUGAAGAUUUGGACAGAUGGUACCAUUCUUUUCUACCAACCAUCACUACUACUUCAAGUUCAAGUUCCGAAGGGUCCGGCCCGCGGAUGGUCCGUGGCUACCACAACAUUUUCAAAGGCUUUGCAGCUCAAUUAUCUCCCGAGCAUGUCAAAGCCAUGGAAACUAAGCCUGGAUUCAUAUCUGCCCGACCGCAGAAAGUGAUGCCUCUUCAUACCACACAUACUCCAAAUUUCUUGGGGUUGCACCAAAAUAUGGGAUUAUGGAGUAAAUCCAACUAUGGCAGAGGUGUCAUAAUUGGAGUCAUAGACAGCGGUAUUUUCCCCGACCACCCUUCAUUCAGCGAUGAGGGAAUGCCUCCACCACCGGCCAAAUGGAAGGGAAAAUGCGAAUUCAACGCCUCGUUGUGCAACAACAAGUUGAUCGGCGCUAGACAUUUUCUCGAAGAAGAUGUAACGCCAACGGAUCAGGUAGGCCACGGCACUCACACAGCGAGUACCGUGGCAGGGAACUUUGUGAAAGGUGCAAAUGUGUUCGGAAAUGCUAAUGGCACGGCUGUCGGCGUUGCUCCUCUAGCUCACUUGGCCAUCUACAAAGUCUGCGACAUUCUUUGCGCUGAGAGUGCUAUAUUGACUGCCAUGGAUGUUGCAAUCGAUGAUGGCGUUGACGUUCUUUCUCUAUCCCUGGGUGGAUUCCCAUCUCAAUUUUAUGAGGACAGUAUAGCACUUGGUGCUUACAGUGCUGUUCAGAAAGGAAUUUUUGUGAGUUGUGCUGCGGGAAAUGACGGCCCUGGUUGGGCCACCGUCUCCAAUGGGGCUCCCUGGAUUCUCACAGUUGGUGCAAGCACCAUUGACAGAAAAUUAAAAGCAGUUGCAGUGCUGGGAAAUAAGCAGGAACUUGAGGGGGAAUCCGCUUACCAGCCUAAGAAUUUCCCUUCAACAAAACAGUAUCCUCUGCUUUACCCUGGAUUAAACCAGAGUGAUACUGAAGCCGAUCGCUAUUGCAGCGAAGGAUUACGCAAUAUAACAGCAGCAGUUAGAGGCAGAAUUGUGGUUUGUGAAGUUGGUGGUUUCAUAGAUGAAAUCGAAAAAGGCCAAAACGUGAAGGAUGCUGGUGGUGUUGGAAUGAUAAUACUCAAUGAUGAGGCCUCGGGGUAUACGACAGAUGCUGAUGCUCAUGUUCUUCCAGCAACACAUCUUUCUUAUGCUGAUAGAAUCAGAUUGAUUGCUUACAUGAACUCGACAACUUUACCUACCUCUUCUAUCUCAUUCAAAGGAACCGUCAUUGGAGAUCCUUUGGCUCCUCAGGUUGCUUCAUUUUCUUCCCGGGGUCCAAACAUCAUUAGUCGUGGUAUCCUCAAGCCAGAUAUCCUUGGCCCCGGGUCAAAUAUUCUCGCUGCUUGGCAUCAACCAAUUGACAACGGCAAGAAAAGCACAAAAUCAAACUUCAACAUGAUAUCAGGCACAUCCAUGGCCUGUCCUCACCUCAGCGGCGUCGCUGCAUUGCUCAAGAGCUCGCAUCCUGAUUGGUCUCCAGCUGCGAUUAAGUCCGCGAUUAUGACCACAGCUGAUCUUGUGAACCAUGGCAAGAAUCCCAUUCAGGACGAACGCCAGCUUUCGGCUGACAUCUUCGCCACCGGCUCAGGCCAUGUAAAUCCAAACAGAGCAAACGAUCCAGGCCUGAUUUACGACAUUGAUCCGAAAGAUUACAUCCCUUAUCUGUGCGGUCUGAACUACACGGACAGGCAAGUCGGCAUCUUUCUCCAACGCAAGGUACACUGCACGAAAAGCAUACCAGACGGGCAACUGAACUACCCUUCAUUCUCGCUUAAUAUCGGAAAAGAUGAAAGAGUUCAGAACUAUACCAGGACAGUCACCAACGUUGGCGAGGCGGAAUCAGUUUACAGCGUUGAUGUUGUUCCUCCAGUUGGGGUGAAGGUUACGAUCAAACCACAGAGACUCAGUUUCUCCAGGGUGAAUCAGAAGUUGACAUAUCAAGUUACAUUUGAAAUGGCAGAUCAUCCUGACCAUCUUCCAAUGUCUCAAGGGUCUAUUACCUGGACAUCACAGAAGUACUCAGUAAGGGUCCCCAUCGCAGUAGUAUUUACCGAUACCCCAAGUUCCUUCUUUUAGGAUCCUUACCUGCUGAUGUAGGUCUUUUUUAGGCUCCCACCUGAUAUUGGUUACGGCUAAAUUCAUUUUGUUUGUGUGUGUGUGUGUGUGUGUGUG